GUUGAUGUCAGAUCUCAAAAGGCUUUGAGGAAAACAGUACGUGCGUGCGCGAACAAUUUAUUGAGAACCUGUAUAAUACAAUUUAAAAUCGUUUAGUAUUUAAAAAGAAUAUUCAUAUUUGUUCUGUGUAACUGUCUUUAUUGCAUACUAAAAUACGAUACAGAGAUUUGUUUACAUCUAAACAUAAAAAUCGUUUAAAUUCAUGAAGUAGUAAACACCUGAACAUAAAAUUGAGGAAGAUGUUAAGAAAAAUGAAGGAAGAUACAUUUAAUCGGUGAUAUCGUUGCAAUUUGAUGUAUUAUUGAUUACCCUCAUAAUGGAGGAUGGAAGAAAGUUGCAGUAUGUGGUCACAUGUGCUGUAUCUAUACUAACCUCCACUGUGGGUUUUAUUAAUACAUGGACAACACCAAUGAUAAAGAAAAUUUUGCUGAAAGAAACCGAUUUUCAAUUUAAUGAUGAGGAAAUUGAAUGGUUCUACUGGAUAACACCAAUAGUAUUGUUGGUUGGAACUGUAUUUGCAGGAUACAUUUGCGACAAAUUUGGCCGACGAACUUCAUUAUUAACUGCUACAGUGGUCGCUGCUUUUGGAUCGAUCUUUGCUGCAUUUUCUUCAGCAAUAUGGAUGCUGUAUAUAAUGGAGAUAUUUUGGACAUUCUCAGUAGCUACAGUAUGGAGUGUUGGAAAUAUAUAUAUGGCAGAAAUAGUUGACCCCGAUAUUCGUGGAGGUCUGACUUUGACGACAACAUUUAUGUACCAUUUUGGAAGUCUUUUAAUGGUAUUGAUAGGAAAAGCGGUAUCUUAUAGAGCUUUGAAUAAUUGGAUUAUAAUUCCACCAUUGCUGUCUCUCGCGGCGAUUUACCCAAUACCAGAGUCCCCUUAUUAUCUGUUGAAAGUGGGGAAGGAAGAACAGGCUAGAAAGGAAUGGUCUAGGUUGCAGCAAAACUCGGGUACUGAGGACAUUGAUACUCAAUUUGAAAAAAUGAAGAUGCAUGUCACAAUGGAGAUGCAAAAUCCAAGUUCGUUCUUCAAAUUCAUUAGCAAUAAAAGGUAUCGAAAAGCUCUCAUUAUUACAUUCGGUUUAAAGUUGUUCUAUAUUUUGUCGGGAAUAGCAGUGAUGCAAGAAUUAUGCACCACAAUACUUAGAGAAGGGGACAUCGAUUUGACCGUCACAAAAAUGAUUGAUAUAGAUGUGGGGAUAAAAUUUGGCAUUGGUAUACUCUCUGCCCUCCUAGUGGACCGAGUGGGUCGUCGCAUUCUUCUCUUGUGGUCCUUCAUCGGAUGUAGCCUGUCAUUUGCCGUUCUUGCACUAUACUUUGGAGUCCGAGAUUAUUAUACUCAGGCGAUCCAAUCCAUUGGUUAUAUAACUUUUGCUGCUCUUAUUAUAUUUACCAUAUCAAAUUCAUUUGGUAUAGCCUGUAUUAAAGACGUCAUAGAAGUAGAGUUAUUCCCUCUUAAUGUAAGAGUAAUGGCCGUUGUGACUCUUUAUGUAUUCGGUGGAAUUUACUAUGCAUUACAGAUAGGUUUUACAAAAUUAGAGAAGUCAGCUGGGCGCGUGAGUGUGUUUUGGACACUUGCUGGAAUUGCAAUCCUUGGAUUUAUUUUUACAUACUUCGUCCUACCUGAAACGAAACGUAAGAGUUUGAAAGAAAUUCAGGAGAUGCUUCGAGGUGAUGAUAAUGUCAGCGAACAAGAAAUGACAACAGUACAAGAAAGAACAGAGAGCUUUAGAGAAAGAGUUGCUUAGAGUAAUAUCUUGUAAAAUAAUUGUUGAAUUAAAUAAAUUUGUUAUAAAGUCUUUAUCUUGAACUUUGACAACCAAUAUUCCCAGCUAACUUCCAAAGUCUCAGAGAUUCACUAACACGUUCCAAAUAUCGCCGCAAGCUCUAUUAAUUUCCCGUUCAUUGUCCCUCAUGUUUGAA